AUGCCCUCCGCCGCGGGGCCCAAAGUGGCCGAGCUCGCCUCUAAGCUCUACGAUACAUGCGUGAGCGAGUUCGAUCCUGACCACUUGUUCUACCAGAAUGACUUCCUCAAUCUCAAAAUCAUCCCCGGGAACGACCUCGCACUUCUGCUCGAGUGCGCCCAGAGUCUGGUCGAUCAAAAUCUGUUCCGGCUUCUCCAGAAGGAUGGAAAACUAACAUGGCGACUCAUUGACCGCGAAGAUGCCGAGAAGCUCCGCAACCUCACACCCGACGAGGCCAUGGUCUACAAUGUCAUCCAUUCCACGGCACGAACAGGUAUCUGGGUGCGCCACAUUGGAACUCGUACGAAUCUGCACAAAUCUAUCCUGGAUCGCUGCCUCAAAUCGCUCGAGGGAAAAAAUUAUAUCAAAUCUCUGCACAAUGUCAAGUUCCCCAGCCGGAAGAUGUACAUGCUGGCUGGCCUGGCUCCAAGCGAGGAAGUCACCGGAGGAGCCUGGUUCACUGAUGGUGUGCUCGAUGCCAACUUCAUCAGCACUGUCGCUGGCUUCAUUGAAUUCACCGUGAGCCGAAAAAGCUGGUACGAGGUUCCCGCCUCGGAUCGCAAGAACAAGCGCAUCAAAACCGCAUCUGGAAAGGCAGAUGUCAAAGAAGAAAAAGCUACCUACCUCCCCUACCCCCACGGCUACAAGGGCUAUCCUACCGUUGAGACCAUCACCGCCGCCGUCAACGAGAGCGGCAUCACACCCGUCCGCCUGGGCGAAGAGAGCGUCGUCCAACUCCUCGAGAUGCUCUGCUACGACAACAAGCUCGUUUCCAUCGGUAAUGGCGAGGUCUACAGAUCCCUCCACAGCCCGGAAAAAAUCAAAGAAAAACAAGCUCGGAAGCCGCCAAUUGAUGGCGACGACCUUGCCCUGGCCAACAAGCAUCUUGUGAAGAACGGAAUGACUGAAGCACCCUGUGGUCAAUGUCCCGUGUUCCGGCUCUGCUCACCCGGCGGUGCCGUCAGUCCUGAAACAUGCGAGUACUUCGACCCGUGGCUGAACAACGGACUUGGCUUUUAG